AUGAAGAUGGUGGAGAGCAGUGAAGAAGAAGAUGAUUUCCCAUCCAUGGAAAGUGUCACACCGCAGUCCAAGAUCGACACCAUUUACCAGUCCAAGACUGAAAAGGGAAUCAGGAAGAUCUGUUUUGAGCUUUUGGAUUUAAAAGAUGCCGUAGAGAACUUGUGUAGUAAUACACUCACAAAAUAUUCGGCUUUUUUGAGGUUAUCUGAUGAAGUUGUUGAAAUGAAACAUGAGUUAAAUGAGCUCCAAAAGCAUAUUUCUUCCCAGGGGAUUCUUGUCCAGGAUCUGAUGGGUGGUGUUUGUCGAGAAUUGGAAGAAUGGAGCCAAAUCAGCGGUGACAUUCAGGAAGUUCAGGAUAGCCUGCAAACUUGUGAAAUUAAUGAUAUUGUCUAUACUGGAGUGGAAAAUCAAAGGAUGCAAUUUUUGGACCAUAUUGAUGUUCUUCUGGCGGAACACAAAAUAGAGGAGGCAAUAGAAGCAAUUGACGCUGAAGAGCGAAGUUAUCCAGAGCUGAAAGUAUCAGGGGAAGUUUCAGCUGCUGAUGCCUCAUUUAAGUCUGCUCUAUUGGAAAGCAAAACAAUGCUUGAGAACCAGCUUAUUGAGAUCAGCCAACAGCCCUCAGUUGGUAUACUGGAACUGAAGAUGGUUUUAUCUGGUUUAUUAAAGCUUGGGAAAGGUCCUUUAGCACAUCAGAUAUUUUUGAAAUCUUAUGGAUCCCGACUCCAGAGAAGCAUUGAAGAUUUUCUUGCACUAUGUCCUUGCUACCCAGAAACAUAUUCCGCCACAUUGUCUAACCUUGUGUUCUCAAUGAUUUCAUUGACAACUAAAGAAUCAGGCUUGAUGUUUGGUGACAAUCCUGUCUAUAGUAAUAAAAUUGUUCAAUGGGCAGAAUGGGAAAUUGAAUCGCUUGUAAGGUUGGUCAAGGAAAAUGCACCACCUUCUGAUACGGCUUCUGCUUUACGUGCUGCUAGUGUAUGUGUUCAGGCUAGUCUUCACCACUGCUCCACCUUGGAAUCACAAGGCCUUAAACUAUCUAAGUUGCUUUUGGUGCUUUUGCAACCCUAUGUUGAAGAAGUCCUGGAAUUAAAUUUCAGAAGAGCCAGAAGAGUGGUUCUUGAUUUGGUAGGCAGCGAUGAGAGCAUACACUUAUCACCUCGGUUUGCGUCUCCGCUUUCUACUUUUGCAACUUCAUCUGAUACUAUGCUUGUUGAUUGUGGUAUGAGGUUCGUCUUUGUUGUAAAGGAGAUAGUUGAGCAGCUAACUCACUUGGUCAUCCUGCAUUUUGGUGGAAACAUAUUGAUGAGGAUUGCUCAACUUUUCGACAAGUAUGUUGAUUUUCUGAUUAAAGCCUUAGCUGGACCCUCUGAAGACGACAAUCUUACGGAGCUAAAAGAGCCACUUGCAUUAUUGUUAACUGCAUUUACUAUAGCCGAAGAACUAUUGCCUAUGGUAAUCUCACGAAUUUGGAAUGUGUUGUAUGAAAGCAAGGAAGCAGGGAUUGCAGUAGCUGAUAAUAUAUUGCCUGCUGGAAAUAAUUCUUUAGAUCCUAAAGAUUGGAGACGUCAACUUCAGCAUUCACUGGACAAACUCAGAGAUCAUUUCUGUCGGCAAUAUGUUUUAAGUUUCAUCUACUCGAGAGAUGGCGAGACCCGAUUAGGUGGACAAAUAUAUUUAGAUGGAAAAGGGGAAGAUCUCAUCUGGAACUCUGAUCCUCUUCCUUCACUGCCAUUCCAGGCAUUAUUUGGGAAACUGCAACAACUAGCAGCUGUGGCUGGAGAUAUUUUACUAGGAAGAGAGAAAAUACAGAAGGUUUUACUUGCCAGGCUAACCGAAACAGUGGUGAUGUGGUUGUCUGAUGAGCAGGAAUUUUGGGGUGUUUUAGAGCAUGAUUCUGCUCCUCUUCGGCCAGUUGGGUUGCAGCAGUUAAUACUUGAUAUGCACUUCACUGUUGAAAUUGCACGUUUUGCUGGUUAUCCUUCUAGGCAUGUGCAUAAGAUAGCAUCAGACAUAAUUGCUCGCGCAAUCAAGGCAUUCUCUACUAGAGGAAUAGAUCCACAAAGUGCCCUUCCUGAGGAUGAAUGGUUUGUGGAAACAGCGAAGGGCGCCAUAAACAGGCUUCUGAUGGGGGUGUCUGGUUCAGAUACAUCAGAGAUUGAUGAUGAACACAUCAUUAUGGAUGACGAGGUCAUCUCAGAUUCUGAUGUCUCGCCUUCUUCCCUGUCAUCAGUAGAUACGGACGAGUCUUUUGCCUCUGCACGAAUGGAAGAACUAGAUAGUCCUGUGUACACUGAUUCAGAGAGCUGA